CUUCCACCUCGAGUUCGAUUAUGGAUUCGUGGAUGCCCUUAGGUAUCCUUGUAACCCGGUAGACUCCCUGCUCACGCUACCUUGGCGUCUCACAUAUGUCAUCGUAGUACCUGUCCUUUUUCUCCCCAAACGGCCGCGACAAUGCCCAAGAACAAAAAGCAAAAGAUGAAGCACUCGACAGGGAGGGGAGAGCUCAGUCAGGCUGAGAUAUGGGACGAUUCAGCGCUGAUCCGGUCUUGGAACGACGCUGUUGCCGAAUACGAGUACUACCACAGCAUACACGCGCGUGGCGAAGACGUGGAAGAAAUCCUCCGGAAGGCCGAGAUGGGCGAGCUGGACGACGAUAACGGCGCCGACGCCGACGCCGACAUUGGAGGGCAAGCAAGCGCGGAGUGGCGGCCUGUUCACCCAGAAGCACCAGCUGUAGCUUCAGCGCCCGACAAAACCGGAACGGCCGAUGCUGCUCGUGAUACCCGAUCUGAGAGCGGCGAGGUAGAAGACGAAGAUGGUGCGAGCGCGCACGGGAAUGCCCACGGAGGUGAGCCGCAUGAUCUUGAGCAGAAACGAAAGGCUGCCAUGGAUCAAUUUAAAUCCAUGUUAGGCGAGCCGGAAGGACAGCCAGCACGUCCACUUCAGUCAGCACCGGAACAACCGCCGACAACGACAACUGCUGCUCCAGCUAUAGGACCCAGCUUGCCCCCAGCAGCGACGGCAUUCACCAACGGACAAGCCGCAACAAACCUUUCGCAAGAUCAAACGCUCGAGAAUAUCAAGAUGGCCUAUUACUGGGCGGGGUACUACUCCGGGCUGUAUGAUGGUCAGCGGCAAGCUCAGGUGCAGGCUCAGGGUGAUACCCAGCACGGAACUAAGCCUCAGUCACCAGGCAAGGCAGCCUCACUAGGCCAGCAAUGAACUCUACACUCAGACGUCGCCCGGGCUCUUGUUGGCGCCCUAUCAUCAUGACGGAGCGCUGACAGCCACACCAGAAGUCGUCGAUGGGCUAUCUUCGUCCGACUGACCUAGAUGAGGUCUCGAUAAUGGGCCACACAGCCAGCCCUUUGAGCAUUUCAUAGAUUCUGCAGCCCCUCCGAGCUAUCCAGAUUCCAAAGAAAUGGUCCAAGAAUUCAAAGAGGAACAAGAGAGGAACAAAGCAACUUGAUUCCUAAGAAUUCGCCCGGUCCAACCACGGGAUGGUGGACGACGUUCCAAAGCUUGAGGACCAUAGGCACAAGCAAUGAGCAAGAAAGUGCUAGACACGGAGGGAAUGCCCACCCACUCGGACCGCAAACAUCACACGCUCGACCGACAGUUUUCUCUUCUACUACGCGGGUGUUCAAGUUGUGGACAUGGCGCAUCAAACCUCACCCAGGCGAGCGAUCGAGCAUUGUUCGCCCCAGUUCGACACCAGCAUUGGAAGUCCUAUCAUUCCAUCCCCUUCAACUACAUGCCUAGACAUGAACCGAAACCAUGGCCUGGAGCCGGGAAACGGCUAUGUAAGAGCCGCCCUAAACGUCCGCCGGGGUCGGCUGGUAUGGAAAUCAACAGGAGUCUCCAAUCCGUGGGCAAAAGGAGGACGACGACGGAGGAUGGAUAGCAGAAGGGACAGGACAUUCGGGCGUCACUCAACACAAGGCAAGGGAAAGCAAUGGAGAGGGCGGCCGACGUGAUGAUUUUCUCCUGCAGUAGGCGCAAGGCCGAGACGAGACGAACGAACAGACGCUGUGGGAACGCACUAAUAUCAUCCCGAUUUCAUGGGCCGGACAUUGGAGGACUAUUGUAUUCGAGGGUGUGAACAGGGCGUGUUGGGGCGUCGAUUGAUCUUGGUCCUCCUCCGUUUCCUUCCUUCCCUUCCCACCUUCCAUCCAACCAACGCCGCAAGGUCGAAGGAAUGUGGGAGCACUUUGCAAUUGUUCGCUACUCGUUUACCCCGACCGCAGAGUUCUCCGUCAGCGAUCUACGUUCCGACCGUGACCGGAUGGGACUGAAUCAAAGCUUCUUCUAUACAUCGCGCUCUGCCGGGG